CACCGUAGGAAGUUUCACAAAGAAAAAGCUUCGCUACUUCUCGUUUUCUACUUUCCAUCUCAACCUUGUCGAUCAAGUCAUCUCCCAGAUAAGUUAAAGUUUCUUCGAUUGUUUCUGUUAGAUUGUUAGAAAGACCCUGAAAUUUACCAAUGGAUCUGAAGAAGCCGAGUGUUCGAGGUGAAGAAAAUGUCCGCUCUCCCAUUUGUUGCAUCAUGGGUCAUAUCGAUAGUGGUAAAACAAAGAUGUUGGAUUACAUCAUAGGAACAAAUGUACAAGAAGGCGAGGCUGGAGGUACCACUCAAAAGAUUGGUGCAACAUAUCUCUCAGCGAGAAACAUCCUAGAGAAGACCAUGGAACUGAAAUCCGAUGCAAAACUCAACGUGCCAGGUCUAUUGUUUAUCGAUACACCUGGCUACGAGUUCUUCAUGAAUCUUCGUUCAAGAGGUUUAAGUUUGUGUGACUUUGCAAUUUUGUUGGUUGACAUAAUGCAUGGGUUAGAACCACAAACUAUAGAAUGUCUAAAUCUUUUGAAAAAGAGGAAUAUAGAGUUCAUUAUUGCAUUGACUAAGGUGGAUAGGCUAUAUGGAUGGAAAACUUGUGAGAAUGCUCCUAUCAUGAAGGCAAUGAAGCAACAAACUAACGAUGUUAGAAAUGAAUUUAACAUGAGGCUGAAUGAGAUUAUAGACCAGUUUAAGGAUCAAGGACUCAACACUGAGCUUUAUUACAAGAAUAAAGAAAUGAGAGAAACUUUUAGUAUUGUUCCUACUAGUGCUAUUAGUGGGGAAGGCAUCUCAGAUCUCUUGUUGUUAUUGGUUCAAUUGUCUCAGAAAACAGUGGUUGAGAAACUUACAUAUGUUGAUAAAGUGCAGUGUAUUGUCCUUGAGGGCAAAGUUAUGGAAGGAUAUGGUACAACGAUUGAUGUUGUGUUGGUAAACGGUGAACUCCAUGAAGGUGAUCAAAUCGUCGGACCUAUUGUCACAACGAUUAGAGCAUUACUGAUUCCUCAUCCAAUCAAGGAGUUACAUGUGAAUGGUAAUCAUGAGAAUCACGAAGUAAUUACAGCUGCACAGUGUAUCAAUAUUAUUGCCCAGGGCCUUGAACACGCAAUUGUUGGUACCACCUUGCAUGUGGUUGGACCUGAUGAUGACAUCGAAGCCAUGAAGGAGUUGGUCAUGGAAGAUAUUGAGUCGAUUUUGAGCAGGAUUGACAAAAGUGGUGAAGGAGUUUAUGUACAAGCGUCUACAUUAGGGUCUUUGGAAGCAUUGCUUGAAUUCUUGAAGUCCCCAGCUAUAAAGUUACCUGUUAGUGGUAUUGGCAUAGGGCCUGUGCAAAAGAAGGAUGUAAUGAAGGCGGGAGUGAUGCUCGAGAGGAAAAAGGAAUUUGCUACAAUUUUGGCUUUAGACGUGAAAGUGACUACAGAGGCUCGUGAACUUGCUGACGAAAUGGGAGUUAAAAUCUUAUGCGCUGAUAUAAUGUAUCAUUUAUUUGAUCAGUUUAUGCAUACAUAUAUAGUUUGAAUACUAGAUUUUUCAAAGAGCUUCGAAUGUUCUUUGGAGUCAAACAAAAAUUUCUUGCUAAA